GUGGUAGAAGCUAUGACCUCCAAACCUCUAAGCCAUAUCGAUGUAGGUCUUCGCUCUCCUUCUUCAAACUCGUCGGCUGCCGUGCCGGACCGCUUUGACCACCGCCACCGUGUGGCAUCCGGAGUAAAUGAAGUCAGGCGACAGUUGAUGUUCAAGCUGCAGACUUGGUGGACCCUUGACACUUUCUCUCACUGUGAAAUAGUCAACAACUCCACCUAUUAGUAUUUAGUAGUAUGAAACCAAAUCCUUGGACGUCGGAGAAGUGCCUGAUGGUGGCAUAGAACAGACAGCACUUCACAGGUUCAUGUUGAGUCCCUGAGAUGGCUUAUCAGUUCAUGGGUUUUGUUUUCCUCCUCUCUCUGCUCAUUGCAAUGGCUUCUCUCUCUCAUGCUAAGGACUGCCUCGAAGUAGGUCAGUCCAUUAACGACGGUGAGAGGCUGAUCUCUGCCGGUGAGAUCUUCGAGCUCGGCUUCUUCAGCCCCGGAAGUUCCAAGAACCGGUACGUCGGAAUAUGGUACCACAGCUUCUCCACCGACACCGUCCUCUGGGUCGCCAACCGCGACGCGCCGGUCGCCGACGCCUCUGGCCGCCUCGCCAUCGGAAGCGACGGCAACCUCGUGGUCCUGCAGGAUGGCUGUACCAUCGUGUGGUCGUCGAACGUGUCCUUGAAGUCGAACCAAUCGACGGUGCAGUUGCUGGACACCGGCAACCUCGUGCUCAACAACUCCGGCGACGUUGCGUGGCAGAGCUUCGACAACCCUACCGACACGUACCUGCCCGGCAUGAAGGUCGGCCUCGACCUCGACACCAACGUGAACCAGGUCUUCCGGUCGUGGAAGAGCAAAGACGACCCCGGGGUGGGGAGCUACUCCAUGGGCAUGGACCCCAAGAGGUCGACCCAGAUCUUCGUGUGGGAGGGCACCAAACCGCGGUGGAGGUCCGGGCGGUGGAACGGGCAGGUCUUCAUCGGAAUCCAGAACAUGGUGCCCACGUACAUAUACGGGUUCAAGCUGAGCAACCUCGAGGACGAGCAGAAGAUGUACUACUACUUCACCGUCUCCAACAACUCCCAGCGGUGGGUGCUUACCUGGGACGGCAUCGAGGAGCACACGAUAUGGAAGGGCGACACCAAGUUCUGGCACAGCGAUUGGGCGCAGCCGAGCACGGCCUGCGAGCUCUACAACAGGUGCGGGAGCUACGGGAGCUGCACCGACGAGAACACCUCGACAUGCUCCUGUUUGAAGGGGUACGUGCCGGCCGUGGAGGACGAGUGGAACCGCAGCAACUGGACUCGUGGGUGCGUGAGGAGAACGCGACUGCAGUGCGAGAGAAACAGCAGCGACGGAGGGAGCGUGGAGGCCGACGGGUUCUGGAAGAUGGAGCGGGUGAAGCUGCCGGACUUGUCGGACUGGUACUCGGACAUCGGGGACGAAGACGGAUGCCGAGCCACCUGUUCGAUGAAUUGCUCCUGCAAGGCCUAUGCGUUCGUGGGCGGGAUCGGAUGCUUGGUGUGGGGUGUGGAUCUGGUGGACAUACAUGUCUUCUCCAGCGACGGCAAUGACAUGUACCUCCGGCUUGCCGGAUCAGAGCUGGAGACCGAGACGAAGACAUCAGGUCAUGUGAUAGCCAUACUCGUUUCGGCAUUGGUCCUGGCAUUUGGAUGCAUCUACCUGGCCUGGAAGUGCAAGAAAAGAUUGCGAGUGUUCAUCAUACGACGAAGAGGCCAAAGAAUUUUGCCGGUGAAUCCGAACAGAGAUGAAGAUCUAAUUGAAGGUGCAGAGGAUCAACAAUGCCAAGAACUGCCGUCGAUCAGUUUCGAAUCGAUUACUGCUUCAACAUCCGGCUUCUCUAAUGAAAACCUGAUUGGUGAAGGUGGAUUCGGUCCUGUUUACAAGGGUACAUUACCUGGAGGCCAAGAAGUUGCCGUAAAAAGACUAUCGAGGGGCUCAGGGCAAGGCCACACCGAAUUCAAGAAUGAACUUAUCCUAAUAGCAAGAUUACAACAUAGGAACCUGGUUAGACUCUUGGGUUGCUGCAUUCAUGGAGAGGAGAAGAUACUUGUCUAUGAAUACAUGCCUAAUAGAAGCUUGAACACCUUCCUAUUCGAUCCACAGAAAAAAGGGCUGCUAGACUGGAAGACUAGGUAUAACAUCAUAGAAGGAAUUGCUCGAGGCCUUCUCUACCUUCACAGGGAUUCAAGAUUACGAAUUAUACACCGUGAUCUGAAGGCUGCCAACAUACUGUUGGACAAGGACAUGAAUCCAAAGAUAUCAGAUUUUGGCAUGGCACGGAUUUUUGGAAGUGAUGACAAUGAGUCCAACACUAAAAGAGUGGUGGGAACAUAUGGUUACAUGUCUCCAGAAUAUGCAAUGCAAGGAAUCUUCUCCAUAAAAUCUGAUGUUUAUAGUUUCGGUGUGCUACUCCUAGAGAUCGUUAGUGGAAGAAAAAACAGCAUUUUCACACACCAAGAAUCUUCUGUUAGCCUCUUAGGAUAUGCUUGGAGGUUGUGGAAUGCGGACAAUGUGAUGGAGUUUGUGGAUCCAGCCAUAAGAGAUUCAUGCUCACAGAAACAAGCAUCAACAUGCGUGAAUGUGGGUCUCUUGUGUGUGCAGAAUCACGCAAACGAUAGACCAUCAAUGUCAUCAGUAAUUAUAAUGUUGGAGAGUGGAACCGAUGCUAAUUCACAGCCAAGGCAGCCCACUUUUACAGCAGAAAGAAGUCCUCAUGAUACUGAAUCAUCACCAUAUGAUCUCAGACUUCUUUCUGCUAAUAAUUCCAUCACUUUGGUUACGGGACGAUAGAACCUUUAACCUAUCAUUCAAAUUUCCAGAACUUGCCUACAUUGAAGGAAUUACAAGCACUUGGAAAUGAUGGAUAUAUACUGGCAGAUGAGAUGGUUUGGAUUAGCCUAUCAUCCCAUAGCAGAGUGUUUGUACAUUAAUAGGGUUUUAGACUUGUGAUUUGUUGCUCUGUUGACUCUGCCUUUUAUUCUUUCCAUCAUAAACCACUUCAAGACAAUUCCUGGUGUCAUUACUUGGAAAUUAAUAAUUUCUUUUUCCUCUCUUA